CUGUCAUGUUGAUUCAACUCCAUCUCGCCUCUCUCUUCUUAAGCAUUUCCUUUUAUUCCCAUUUCCAUCUCUCUCUCUCUCUCUCUCUCAGUAUCUAUUUUCUUUCACCGUUAUCAUACUUUUAGAGUACAACCACUUCAUUUAUCAGUUACCAAAAUGAAACAUAUAACUUGCAUGAGUAGAAGUUGAAAGUUCUUGGAAAUUUCUCCCUGUUGACAAUAGAUCGAUCAGGUCCAUACUAAAUAUUAUUCCCUGAUGAAUACACGAUACUUUCUUACACUAGUGUCGCUUUGCCAUUCGAGCAUUAUUGUAUCUUUCCCACCAAUUAUUUCACCAGCAGCAGGAGAUGAAAGAAUGUCUGGCGUGGGUGGAACUAGAAACAGGUCUAUUCGGAAUAUUUCCCAUUCUUCAAUCUUAAUAAGAAUGGCCAUGAGAAUAUCAAGAUCAAGGUGGUUUAGUUUCCUAAGAAGGGUUUUCCACUACCAGAAUGGCUCAAGAUCUGAUCUUGGAUCAAAUCCCUUCAAUUCAAUGACUUGGAUGAUGAUGGAGUGCAUUGCCUUAAGUGUCCAAAUAAUUAUGGCCUCAUAUACACUGGCUGUUUCAAAGGAAGAGAAGCCAGUUUGGCCAAUGAGGAUAUGGGUGUUGGGAUAUGUCUGUGGCUGUAUUAUUAGUGUCAUGUUGCUUUACUGGCGCUACUGGGCAUUCUAUGUGAGGCAGCAAAGAGAUGAUUCUGACAUGGAGCAACAAAGAAGCCAUGAUGAAUCCAGGGCAUUGCAUGCGAUGGAGAAAUUCAGGACCGGCGUUGAGCUAUUCUAUGCCAUAUGGUUUGUGAUGGGAAAUGUUUGGGUGUUUGAAUCGCGCUUUUUGUCUUACCAUCGUGCUCCUAAACUUCACUUGCUCUGCAUCUCUCUGCUUGCCUGGAAUGCUGUCACCUACUCUUUCCCCUUCCUAUUGUUUCUAUUGUUAUGCUGCUGUGUCCCAAUUCUGAGUAGCUUUUUAGGCUACAAUAUGAACAUGGGAUCCCUAGAUCGAGGGGCUUCUGAUGAACAACUCUCCAAUCUACCCAGUUGGAAGUACAAGGAACAACCCAAAAAUGAAAAUGUGGAAUGUUGUAUAUGCUUAGCAAAGUACGGAGAUAAGGAAGAGAUCAGAGAAUUGCCUUGUUCUCAUAUAUUUCAUCUUAAGUGUGUGGACCAAUGGCUUAGAAUUAUAUCUUGUUGCCCUCUCUGCAAACAAGAACUGGAGAG